ACCCCUGGGGCCAAACCACCAGUCCACCACCCCUCCUCGGCUCCUCCCGGCGGCUGCGGGAGCGGCGGCGGGGUAGCCGGCAUGAGCGUGCUCGGCUGCGAGAGCUGGGCACUCCACGUCUCCGCGCCCAGAAGGUGGAGCGCCACCUCGACGAGCACGCCUGGGCUUCCUCGUCGCGCUCGACGCUUGAUUCCGGCAAGUUCGUCUCCAUCCCCAACCAUCCUUUGCUACACUCACGUAGUCGCCUGCUGAUUAGGGAUUGCCUGUGCUAGGGUUAGUGGGAAUGCUCGCUUUGAGGUAUUCCAAUUCGUCAUCUAUUAUUUGUCUCUCUGGCUCUGAUUGUCGUUAUUGGGUAAUGGGUAUCAGGUCAUGGCAUAUAUCAUUCUAACUAUUGAGAAGGGAGGUUUUGGUGAUUUGAGACAUCGGUGGCUGUGUGCAACUACCAAGUACCAAUGCGGGUUGGAGUUGAUGUUUUCGCAGAUGAAUUUGACUCAUGAGGGUCGUCCUAAUAUCUGUCUCAGGAAAUCAUUGAUACGACAUUCUGAAUCGAUGCAGUAAGCAGGAAACUUCUAAUUGUUUCAUUGCCAGAUGAAAUGCAGCCAAGGCCCUCUCAACUUUGCAAACCUUUGCCGGCAAAUCUGUCUGAUUUGCAUUAUUUGGAAUCAGCCAGUCAGCAUAAGUAAAGAGACACCUGAUGGCUCUGGUGUUUUGGAGCUUAUAUUUGUAGACGUCAUGUUUGUUGACUGGCUUAUUGCUUGAUUUGGGAAUCCUGUUUUGCCAGUCAAUGUGAAGAAGCUUUAUGAGCAAAUCAUUUGUAAAGGAAAAGAAGGUAAACCAAACUUUUACAGUUUUACCCUUGAAACUUGAAAGUAGCAGCCACAAACUUUUUAUGUCGUGAGUGUAAGCAUGACUGCUUUUGUUUACACUGACAUCAUUGUAUACCCCUUCCUUGAUGCAUGGGCUGUUGCAGCCCGUUUAGAAGUUGCAGGUUCAUGCAAAACUGAUGAUAUGAACAGUUUGUUGCUUGUGUCGUCUUUGCAUUCCGGAUUCUCAUCAGGUCAUGGAAUUAGUGGCGACACCAAAUGUAGUGGUGGUUGCAUAUUGGAUUCAUGUGCAAUUGGUGGUUCAACUUGCUGUGAUUAUUUGUUGUAUAUUGAUGUGCAAUUAAUUGGUGGUUGCAUAUUGAAUUGAUGGUCCACAUUGAUGUGGAAAAGUUGGUUGCAUACUGAAUUGAUUGGUGUGCAACUGCUACUGAUUACUUUUUCUAACUACAGGCCAUUGAAAACAAAAAUGCUUCAGCUCGGUGCAUAACUUACUGGCUUUAUAAAAACCUUAAUGGCCCCUUUCCUAGUACUACCUUGACUCCUGAGUGCAUAGCUUGCUUUGUGCCACCAAAAAGAAUCCGAGAUGUCAAGUGCCAGUUCAGCAGAAGGUGCACGCUGGACAUCCCCUGACAAGCUCAAGUUGGUCACCAUCCUGAGCAUCGACGGCGGUGGCAUCAGAGGGAUCAUCCCGGCCACCAUCCUCGCCUUCCUUGAAGCAAAACUCCAAGAACUGGAUGGGCCAGAUGCUCGGAUUGCAGACUACUUCGAUGUCGUCGCUGGCACUAGCACCGGUGGCCUCCUGACUGCGAUGCUUGCAGCCCCAGACGCUAAUGGACGACCACUGUUCGCCGCCAAGGACCUGGCGCGGUUCUACAUUACCCACUCCCCCAAAAUCUUCCGGCGGAGGAACCAAAUCCAGUCCAAGAUCGCCAACAAGCUGAAGAUGGUGUGCGGGCCCAAGUACGAUGGCAAGUACCUCCAUGCGCUGCUCCGUCGGUAUCUCGGCGACACGAGGCUGGACAGGACGCUGACCAACGUUGUCAUCCCGACCUUCGACAUUGCAUACAUGCAACCAACGAUUUUCUCCACCUUUGAGUUGAGGCACCAGCCGUCGAAAAAUGCGCUCCUGUCGGACAUAUCAAUGAGUACCUCGGCGGCACCAACCUUCUUCCCGCCACACUACUUCGAGACGAAGGACAAGGAUGGCAGGAGGAGGGCCUUCAACCUCGUUGAUGGUGGCCUCGCCGCGAACAACCCUACUCUGUGCGCGAUGAACCAGGUGUCCCAGGACAUCAUCCUGGGGAACGAGCACUUCUUCCCGGUGAAGCCGACAGACUACGGAAAAUUCAUGGUGAUCUCCCUCGGCUGCGGGUCGAACCGGAACCGCAGGUACUGCGCCAAGGCCGCGGCCAGGUGGGGCAUCUUCAACUGGCUCAUCAAGGGCGGCACUGCCCCCAUCGUCGACAUGUUCAACUCGGCCAGCGCCGACAUGGUCGACAUCCACCUUUGCGUCCUCUUCCGCGCCCUGCGCUCCAGCCAAAACUACCUGCGGAUUCAGUACGAUCAAUUGACGGGCAGCGCGGGCUCUGUAGACGACUGCUCCAAGGAGAACAUGGAUAGACUGGUGUGGAUUGGGAAGAGGCUCUUGGACAUGAACGUCUCCCGGGUAGACCUGGAGACCGGCCGGAUCAAGGAGGUGCCUGGCGUGGGCACCAAUGCCGAGCAGCUCACCAAGUUUGCAAAGCAGCUCUCCGACGAGCGGCGCCGGCGGCAGGAAGAGCUUAUUUAUUCCGAAGCAGGAUUCCAAAAUCAUGCUUGGUGACAGUUGAAAUGCAUGCUGGUCAAUAGAUUUUCGACGUUAUCUAGCUGUUUGCGUUUCGUGCUUUGGCCUAUGUAUUCCAUUUAUCGUGUGAUAUGUUAUUAUCAACAAGCUAAACGUGUUGUUUUACUUCGUUCUCGAAAGCAAUUCUUUGGAUUCCUGAAA